CCGGCCAGUCAUCAUUCUCGAUCUUUGGAGAAACCUCCAUCUACCUCGUCUGCGCGCGAGUUGUACUAUACGCCUUAGAUCCAACAUGGCUGCCCCGACAGGUCCUAUCGAGCUUGCUCAGACUGGCAAGCGUGACUACUUGAGGUCCCUUGAAGUAAAAUACCAGGAGCGAUGGGCCAAAGAACGCAUUUUCGAGGUCAACGCACCGACUCUUGAGGAGAUGAGAGGCAUGGCCGCGACCCAAGUCCGCGAGAAGUACCCGAAAUGGUUCGGAAACUUCCCCUACCCGUACAUGAAUGGAUCCCUGCAUCUUGGACAUGCCUUCACCAUCUCCAAAAUCGAGUUUGCCGCAGGCUUCCAGCGCAUGCUUGGCAAGCGCGCUCUGUUCCCCCAUGGAUUCCACUGCACGGGUAUGCCAAUCAAGGCAGCUGCAGAUAAAAUCGUCCGCGAAAUAGAAAUGUUCGGCCCCGACUUCGAAAAGUUCGACGCUCAAGAAGAGGCGGUACACCCACACUCUCAUGCCAUUCCGACAACAACCGAAGACGAUCCCGGCUCAAAUCGUGUAGACAAGGCAAAGAAGGGCAAGGUUGCAGCGAAGGCAACUGGUCUGCAGUACCAGUUCCAGAUCAUGGAGUCCAUCGGUGUCCCUCGCUCUGAGAUCAAGAAGUUCGCCGACCCAUACUACUGGCUCGAUUACUUCCCGCCAAUCUGCAUGGACGAUCACGCUGCGUUCGGUUCUCGUAUCGACUGGCGCCGCUCGUUCAUCACGACUGACAGGAAUCCGUAUUACGACACCUUUGUCCGCUGGCAAACCAAUAAGCUCUACAGCCUGGGAAAGAUUAAGUUUGGUGAACGUUACACCAUCUACUCACCGAAGGAUGGUCAGCCCUGCAUGGACCACGACCGUUCUGAGGGUGAAGCGCUUGGUCCUCAAGAGUACACCGGAAUCAAGAUGGCGGUCGUGCAGUGGAGCGAUGCUGCGAAGGCGGAGGUCGAAGGCAAGGUUGGCGGGCGCGGGGUCUUCCUCGUCGCGGCAACUCUCCGCCCAGAAACGAUGUACGGCCAAACGAACUGCUUCGUGGGCCCAGCUCUCAAGUACGGUGUGUUCGCCGUCAGUGACAACGAAGCUUUCGUCUGCACGUACCGUGCCGCGCGCAACAUGGCCUUCCAAGGCAUCUUCGCGACGCGUGGAGAGGUCCACCAGCUUUUGGAGCUCGAUGGCUCGAAGCUCAUUGGUACUAAGAUCCAUGCGCCAUUUGCUAUCAAUCCGGAAGUUUAUGUUCUGCCCAUGGAGACCGUCCUUGCUACUAAAGGUACCGGUGUCGUCACUUCGGUUCCUUCUGACUCGCCCGACGACUACGCAACCCUCAUGGAUCUCCGCAAGAAAGCCGAGUACUACAAGAUCGACGCGUCCUGGGCUGCGAUCGACCCGAUUCCGGUUAUCUCAACACCCACGUAUGGCGAUAUGACCGCCCCCUCCCUUGUCAAGAGCCUGAAGAUUAAUUCGCCGAAGGAUGCAAAGCCCCUCGCUGAGGCUAAGGAGAUCGCGUACAAGGAGGGCUUCUACAACGGUACUAUGCUCGUUGGAGAGUUUAAGGGCGAGCCUGUCCAGGAGGCAAAGAACAAGGUUCGCGAGAGCAUGAUCGUACAGAACCUUGCCAUCGCCUACGCGGAGCCCGAAGGUCUCGUCAUCUCCCGCAGUGCCGAUGAGUGUGUCGUCGCUCUGAUGGAUCAGUGGUACCUGGACUACGGCGAGUCCUCGUGGAAGGUUCAGGCCGAAAAACUGGUUGCCAGGAUGGAGACAUACAAUGCGGAGACUCGCAAUGGAUUCGAGAGCGUGCUAAACUGGCUGAAUAAAUGGGCCUGCGCUCGUACCUACGGCCUCGGCUCCAAGCUUCCUUGGGACCCACAGUUCCUGGUUGAGAGCUUGUCCGACUCUACGAUCUAUAUGGCCUACUACACCGUUGCUCACUUCUUACAUAGCUCCAUUGACGGAAGCAAGCCCGGUUUACUCCCUAUCAAGCCUGAGCAGAUGACUGAUGAGAUUUGGGAGUACAUCUUCCGCAAAGGUCCUUGGCCAGUAGACUCCACCAUUCCCAAGGAGCAUAUCGACACCAUGAAGCGCGAGUUUGACUACUUCUACCCCUUCGAUAUCCGGUCGUCUGGCAAAGACUUGAUAAACAACCACUUGACCUUCUGCGUAUAUAACCAUGCUGCCUUGUUCCCCGAAGACAAGUGGCCACUGAGCAUGCGCACGAACGGCCAUUUAAUGUUGAAUGGCCAGAAGAUGUCCAAGAGCAAGGGCAAUACGCUUACUAUGCGCCAGGGCAUCGAGAAGUAUGGCGCCGGCGCGAUGCGUCUCUCAUUGGCCGAUGCUGGUGACGGUAUUGAAGACGCCAACUUCGACGAAAAGACCGCGAACGCGAACAUCUUGCGCCUACACACGCUCAUCAGCUGGUGCGAGGAGAUGACGCAGAACUUGUCGACGCUGCGUACGGGCGAUCGCAACUUUCAUGACAGGGUUUUCGAGCACGAGAUCAACGAACUCAUCAACGUUACGUCCGGUCACUACCAGGCGACAAACUACAAGGAUGCCCUUAAGUACGGUUUCUACGAGCUCCAAUCCGCACGCGACUGGUACCGCGAAGUGACGGCCGACACCGGCAUGCACGCAGAUCUUGUACAAUAUUGGAUCAGGAUAUCAGCCCUCGUCGUCUGCCCAAUUGCGCCACACUUCUCAGAGCAUAUCUGGAGCGAGGUGCUCAAGGAGCCCUCAACAGUACAAAACGCGCUUUGGCCAACGCCGUCGAUCGCGCCCGACAAAACAGUGCUCGAUGCAGGCGCGUACUUGCAGAGCACGGUCAAGAACCUGCGCGACGCCGAAUUGACGAUCCUCAAGAAGAUAAACAAGGGGAAAGGCGGCCAGAAGCCAUUGUACGAUCCCAAGAAGGCGAAGAGCGUCCGUAUUUUUGUCGCGACGAGCUUCCCCGAGUGGCAGAACACGUGCGUGCAGAUCGUCAAGGAGGCGUACGAUGCCGAGCGCGUUAAGGUUGACGACGUCAAGGUCCGCACGCUCCUCACUGAGCGCGGUCUCAUCAAAGACAAGCGUGCGAUGCCGUUCGUCCAGGCCUUCAAGAAACGCAUGGCAGAGUUCGGCGCUGAGACUGCAUUCAACCGGACAUUGCCGUUCUCUGAGGUCGAGGUUUUGCGCGAGGUUCUGCUUUAUAUCAAGAAGUCUCUGAACCUUGUCGAUGCUGAGGUGUUCCUGGUCGAGGAGGCGAGGGAGAAGGGCUUCUCACCCUCUAUGAUUGAGGGUGCAGUGCCGGGCGCACCGGCCUUCGAGUAUUAUAACGUAUAAUUACUCCUCUAGAUGGCCAUAAAAUAGAUAAAAUACUUCACUGUGUCUUAACAUCUCCUACGAGCAUGUGCUCACGCGGGAUUGUCGAGAUCCCUGCAUGCGGAGGUUAUGGUGAAGCGCCCUUUUC